AUGUCCAGUACUCACUGGGGCCUCAAGAACUCGAAGAUCCCAGACGCUGGCGAAGGGUACGGCAAGAAGACGAACAAGGACCCUGACUUGAUUGGCUAUGAUGAAGAUGUGGCGCAGAACUUCAAGUCCGGUCAGCUCUUCGGUGUCGCCGAAUAUAUCAAUGCACGUGGGGAGGACGUAUAUCACAGCACGAAGCGCGAGCCACUGGCCAAGGCCUUCCAGCGAGGCCACGUCUUCCCGGAUGAAGUCCAUGAUCCG